AUGAAUCACUUAUCGCCACCACCGUCGCCGCACUCCCAGCCCAGCCAGCUGGCGGCCUACAGCAGUCCAGCGCUGGACAAGCAAUGGAUGCAACGCGCCUCGGCCUUCAAUACAGUGAUAGCCUCGGCGGCGGCACAAAAGCUCAACACGAGAGAUUUACCCUUCCUGUACAACCCACUGCUCUACUCCAGUGCCCUGCUAUGGCCGCAGUUUUUGCUCAGCUCCGCCACAGCUCUGGGCACGCCCAUGACACCCACAACGCCCAAAUCUCCCGCCUCGGUGCUCAAUCAGCGCGACUACGCCUUGACCCCCGAGAAGGAGGAACUGCAUCAGCACAGUGCCAGCAGCAGUGGCGAUCUGCUGUUGCAGCAGGACGAGGAUAUGCCCCUGAAUCUGAGCACAAAGCCCCGAGGCACGCCCAGCAAGUUGCCUUCUAGACGUGCUGGCUCCGAUUCGGAUCAUGACCAGAGCAGCGGCAGCAGUGCCGGCAGUCUCAGUGGCGGCGAAGAGCCCCUGCAGCUGAGCACGGCCACGCCCCCGCCUCUGCGGGCGGUCAACCUCAAGGCCGUGGGCACUCCGGAGGCUGGAAACAACAAGCGACGCUCGCAGGGCAACAUCAUUUGGUCGCCCGCGUCGAUGUGCGAGCAAAGAACGCCCCACGAGGUGGAGGACUAUGAGCCGGAGCAGGAGCAGGAGCCGUGCUAUGUGGAUCCCAUUGUGCGCAAGUUCAAGUAUGAACGGCGCACGACCUGUCAGGCGCGCUCGGCGAUCUCGGCGCUGCAAUCGCCGCUCUCAUCCCUCUCAGCGGCAGCUCCGCAUUCGGCGCCCGUUGCCCGUUCCCCCGGCAACGCCGAUCUGGAUUUUGAGGCAGCGCAACAGCAGCUGUACGCGCAUCGCAAUGCCUUCAUGGCUGGCCUGACAGGCAACAAUUUGGAGCUGUUGACGCAACAUUUGAAGGCAACGGCCACACAACGGGAGCUCGGCCUUAACGCCAAAGUGGAGAGCGAACAGCAGCAGCAACAUCAUCAGCAUCAUCAGCAUCAGCAGCAGCAGCAGCAGCAGCAGCAGCAGGAGAGUCGCUCGGCUGCGGCGCUCAUGGGGCUGGUGGCUGCUGCCGAGUUCGGCUAUAUGCGUAAUCAACACCAGCAACAACACACGACGCAGUCGCAGCAGCAGUUGCAGGCACAACAGCAGCAGCAGCAGCAGCAGCAACAACAACAACAACUGCCCCAGCCACAUCAACAUCCUGAUUCAACGGCCAUCAUCAUUGGCAACUGCACAGAUGUCGCGCGUCGUUCGUCCUCGUCGUCCUCAUACCAAGGCGAGUGCGAGGAGAAACGCAGCGCCAGAAAUUUUCAGUGUAAGCAAUGCGGCAAGUCGUUCAAGCGCUCCUCCACACUAUCCACACACUUGCUCAUACACAGUGAUACGAGACCCUAUCCCUGCCAGUAUUGUGGCAAGCGGUUCCAUCAGAAGUCGGAUAUGAAGAAGCACACAUAUAUCCAUACGGGGGAGAAGCCGCACAAGUGCACAGUGUGCCUGAAAGCCUUCAGCCAGAGCUCCAACCUGAUCACACACAUGCGGAAGCACACCGGCUACAAGCCCUUCGGCUGCGGCCUCUGCGAUCAGUCCUUCCAGCGCAAGGUCGACCUGAGGCGUCAUCGGGAGAGUCGUCAUGACGAGCCGCCCCCAGCCCCAAUGGGGCCCAUGACGCCCAGCCCCAUCAUCAAGAUGGAGGUAAGCAGCAGCAGCUGCUGA